CCGCUCCUCCCGCCGGAGCGAGGCAGCAUCGCCGAAAUCCGGGCGAGCCUCCCGGCCGCAGCUCCGGUACCGCGGUGAGCGCCCGCCCGGGGCCGCCGGGCUCAGUGCUGGCUUCAGAUGGCUGAGAACACCCCCAGGAGCCUGCAGGACACCCCGGGCUCUUCCCCUGAUGAGAACGAGUUUCCCUUCGGGUACCCCACCAACAUUUGCGAGGAUGUGCCUGGUCAGAAGUUCCUGUGCAGUAACUGCAACAACAUCCUGAAGCAAGCCCUGCAGACGCUGUGUGGGCACAGGUACUGCUCUGCCUGCCUCUCCUGGAUCGUCAGAAACAAUAAAACUGCAAUUUGCCAGAAAUGUAAAGAGGAAGAUCCCAACACUUUAGGUGAGGAAAGCCUAUUGGCAGAAGAAAGGGCUUUUGGUGAUGCUGCCAUUAAUAAAGAGAUUUCUGAACUCAGAGUCCACUGUGUGACCCUUGGGUGCAGCUGGUCUGGUAUCAUGAAAGAUUUUGAAGAGCAUCAGAGUUUAUGUGAAUAUGCUUUGAUCCCUUGUCACACUGGCUGUGGGCACGUGGUGAUGAGAAGGAAGCUGGCAGAUCACUUGGAAAAUGGAUGUGUCAAUAAUGUGACAGUGUGUCAGCAGUGCCAGCGCAGCCUGGCCAGCUCUGAAUUCCAGGAGCAUUCAUGUGAAGGCAGUUUAUGCAAGGAACAAAAACCUGUGCAAGCAGAAACAGCAUCAGAGGAAAAGAGCCACUCUGCAUCCUCAGCCAACAAGGAUGGGUGUUGUUUUUCUGAAGUUGGCUGUGCAUUUAGGGGAAGCAAAGAGAAGCUGAAGGAGCACGAGAAGUCCUCAGUGGGGGCCCACAUGCUGCUCCUGCUGCAGCACAUCAGGCACCUGCAGGGAACCUUGUGCUCUGCUGCCAGAGCUGCACAGGGCUUGAGGAGCUCAGGAAAAAGCAUCUCUGACCUGCAGAUCCCAGCAGGGCUGGAAUUCAGCAGGGAUCCAGAAGUGGACUGCUUCCCUGGAUCCUCUGUUCCUGAAGAUCAGUCUGUCCUGCAGCAGCUCAUGAGGGAGAAGGUGAUUUCUGAGCUGGAAAAUAAGCUGCAUGUCUUUGAGAACAUUGUGGCAGUGCUCAAUAAGGAGGUGGAGAGCUCUAAUUUGGAAAUCCUGGCCUUCAGGAGACAGAGUGAACUGGACCAGAACAUAAUACGGAGCCUUGAACUGAAGAUUUCAGAGUUGCACCGGUGCCUGACGCAGAAGGACGCGGGCCUGAGCAGCCUGCACAAGAGCCUGGUGUUCUCUGAGCAAGCUUCCUACGAUGGGAUCUUCCUCUGGAAAAUCACAGAUGUUGGCAGGAAGCUCCAGGACUCUGUGACUGGCAGGACAGUCAGUUUCUACUCCCCAGCUUUUUACACUGCAAAAUAUGGCUACAAGGUGUGUCUGAGGGUGUACCUGAACGGGGAUGGCACAGGGAAAGGAACCCACAUGUCCCUGUUCUUCGUUGUCAUGAAGGGAGACUACGACGCUUUGCUCCCGUGGCCUUUCAGGCACAAGGUGACAUUUAUGUUGCUUGACCAAAAUAACAGGGAACACGUAAUCGAUGCCUUUCGCCCAGACCUGACUUCUGCCUCCUUCCAGAGGCCGGUGAAUGACAUGAAUGUGGCCAGUGGCUGCCCCAUGUUCCUGCCCUUGUCCAAACUGCAGUCCCCCAAACACGCCUACGUGAGGGAGGACACGCUUUUCCUCAAGUGCAUCAUAGAAACCAAUUAGCAAAUCCUGAAAUAUGCGUGGCUGGGGAAGUCACUUGCUGGAUGUCAGUAGAUUAUGAGGAAAAAAGCAUCCCUUUGAGCCCUUGUGUUAGUUUGUGUGUCCAGAAAAUCCCCAGAGCCUGAGCCUGCACCCCCUGAGCCCACUGGAGAUGUCCCAGCACAGCAGCUGCAGGGAUUAUUUCACCAAAAACAGACAAUUCCCGUGUGGAUUCCAUCCACUCACAUCCCCCCACACUGCUGGGGAGGGGCUGCUCCUGCUCACAGCUGGCCCAGCUGUGGCUGCACUUCUGCUGGGAUCAGGGACUGGGCUGGAUUCCCUGCCCAGGGAGGCUCUGUGGGAUCAGGUGAAGGAUUUGGGGCUGAAUUCCCUGCCCAGGGAGGCUCUGUGGGAUCAGGUGAGGGAUUGGGGCUGAAUUCCCUGCCCAGGGAGGCUCUGUGGGAUCAGGUGAGGGAUUUGGGCUGGAUUCCCUGCCCAGGGAGGCUCUGUGGGAUCAGGUGAGGGAUUGGGGCUGAAUUCCCUGCCCAGGGAGGGGCUGUGGGAUCAGGUGAGGGAUUGGGGCUGGAUUCCCUGCCCAGGG